AUGACGAUGGACGCUUUUGAUACGGUAUCUCAAUCAGCAGUACCAAUCGAGCCAUUAUGGAAGGACUUUAUAGUUUCCAAACUAUACACUAUUUUCACAGUUUUGUUUGUGUGUGCAUAUGUCUUGAUUAACCAUACAAAGCCAUUCAUGGAAAGAUUAUUUAAUGUACCUGCCAAUGAUUACCGUGAUAUGCUUAGAAAAGUAGUGAAUAACCCAAGCGGAUUGAUACCUAAAAAUAAGGUGGGUAUUAAAAUUACUGCACUAAGGAGACGAUUGAUCAUGGGCGCCCAUAAUCCACAGGUGUAUUCGACUUUACCACUGAAUAGUGAGAGCAAAGGUAGAUUGGUUGACAAUCGUGACGAAAAGUAUUAUAGGCUAAGAGUGGCCCAGGUUGACAGAUUGGAUGAAGAGAGGAGAAAAACAUUUUUGAUGAAUAUCAAACCUAUUGAUGUUAACGAUCCUCAAAGGAAAACCUUAUUCGGAUUUUUCCACCCCUUCAGUUAUGCCUCUGGUGGCGGUGAAAAAGUUCUCUGGGAAGCGGUUAUGUCCACUUUAAAGAACAGCCCAAAUAACAUUGCUGUGAUAUAUACUUUCACGCCGUCUAGCAAUUCAUCAGUCUUUUCGAUUCUAGACAACGUCAAAAAUACCUUUGGUGUUGAUUUCUUAAGAAAUGAUAGAGAGACAUUGAGAAACAGACUCGUGUUUAUACAUCUCUCUGAUAAGUAUCAAUGGUUGAUUAAUGGACAAUCAUACAAGAUCCUGAGUAUUGUCGGACAAGCGAUUGGCAGUCUACUUUUAGUCUUUUCAGGUUUGAAGCAACUUGUACCUGAUGUAUUUGUCGAUACCAUUGGAUUGCCAUUUAGCUAUAUUUAUGUUUGCGCAUUUCUUGAUCUACCAAUCAUCAGUUAUAUCCAUUAUCCAACGGUCAGCAGGGACAUGUUAUUUGCUGCAUCUCAAAUCAAAGGUGUUUAUGGAAUUUUGAAAUAUUGGUAUUGGUGGAGUCUUUUGAAGAUUUAUGCGAUAAAUAUAAAGGUGGUUGAUAUCGUAUUGUACAAUUCAACGUGGACAGCUGAAAAUGUCCAAGAAGCGUGUAAGGGCUCUGUCGAUGAUGAGAAUCUAAGUGACCAUAUACUAUACCCACCAUGUGUCAGUGCAGACGACCUUGAAUUUGACAGAAUAUCUACAUCUGAAUUACUAGAAAAUAAGAGGGAAAGAAUAAUUGUGUACCUUGCACAAUUCAGACCCGAGAAGCGACACAUUCUACUACUCAGACAUUACAAGGAAUAUCUUAGUAAAACAAAUGAUCCUUAUAAACUGGUAUUUAUUGGUUCUGUUCGGGAGGGAAAGGAUGAGAAGUUCAUUAGUGAUCUUCAAGGGGAGGCUUUAAAAUUAGGAAUACCGCCGGAAUUUGUUGUUUUUGAAUUGAAUGCGCCAACAGAAAUCGUUUAUAAAUGGCUACGGAAGGCCGAUUAUGGUAUCAAUUGUAUGUGGAAGGAACAUUUUGGAAUAGCCGUCGUUGAAUAUAUGUUGAAUGGAGCCAUCCCCCUAUCCCAUGCAAGUGCUGGUCCACUGAAUGAUAUUGUUGUGCCUGUCAUCAAUGGUAAAGCAACUAAUAGGAAGCAGUUAUCUAGUAUCGUCAAGAUAGAAUCGUAUCAGAGAUCCGGGUUGUUUUUCCGGGAUGAGACAGAUCCAGAUUAUAAAGGCACUAUUAGCGCAUAUCCUACAUUAACGGAGAUGCUCGUUUCUGCAACAGAAAUGAGUGAAGUUGGGAAGCAGACAAUGAGGGAGAAUGCCAUCCACGUUGCCAGAGAGAAGUUUGGCAGAGGCGCUUUCUCUGCAAAGUGGAAUAAAAGCAUCUCAAAAGCUCUAUUUAUCGAGAGGGUGCGUCGUUCCAAUAGAGGAAAAGUUGAACAGCUGUACUGA